UCGGCUCCUGAAUAUUUGUAGGUAAUGGAUGAGUAGGGAAAAUGUACUGUUCUUAAUACUGACCUACUCUGGUUUCUGUGUUUAGUAUGAAGUUAAGGUGGGGGCAUGUGCAGAUCGUGUGCUCAGGUGACCGCCUUGUCACCUUCUGUGACAAACAGGGCCCUUUUCUGUAGCAAGAGUGAUUUGGAUCAGUAGGGAUGGAGAAAACAAGGGCUCCAAAAAGCAAAGCAAUUGCUGCAGAAAAACCUGAAUCUGAAAUUUAAGACAAAACAACUUGUUGAAUUUUCAGAGUAUUAAGAACUGAAAUUUGGGGUGUUUAUGUAUUAAUUACAUGAUGGGAAACUGUAAAGUAUUCAUCAUCACAUCAGCUCCAAAAUACUAAUGAAAUUUCCUCUGUGACCAUCAUCUGGAGAGUUCCCCCUUUUAUACAUCUCAUCCUUUCCCUGUUCUUUGUUGCUGCAAAUGUGAUUUGGAAAAAACCAAACCUGUUUUUUUUUUUUUUGUGCUGUGAACUGUCACGAGCCCUUGAGGCAGGCAGGGUGAGGUGGUGCCAGAGAUCCCAGGAGGAUGCUGGCAUUGCCUGGCAAAGGCGACUCUUCUGGAACACUUGGGAGACUUUGACAGCAGUUCUGAGACCACCCAUGGCUCCCAGGCCAGCUCUUGAAAUUUGAGUUGUUCAGUGCUUUGAAGUUUUAAGGAUUCCUGCUGAAGCUUUUCCUGAGGCAAGCCAUGCCCUACCACAGAGUCCUUCACCUGGUCAUGCUAACGCUCUGCAGCAUCCUGGUCCCUGCUGUGCUGGCAGAAUACCCGCAGGAUUCGGUCCCCACCCUCUGGAACGAGCCGCCUGAGGUGCCUUCCGGAGCCGGUCCCUUCGACGCUGCCACCACCACCGCCCGGCUGUCGGACGCCACUGCCUUUCCCCCGUACACCUCCGAGCUGGAGCCUGAGGACACCACCCACCUGCACCGGCUGGACGCUGGGAACGGCUCUCUGGGGCCUGGAGCUAUUGGUGCCAUUGUCAUUGCCUCCCUCCUGGGUACGUCCGUGCUUGUAGCCUUGGUCAUCAUCACACUGAGAAAGUUCUCGGCCUCCUGA